UUCCCUUCAGACUUCCUCUCGCAGUGGUUUAGGAGCCUCCGCAUCUGGAUGUUUGAAACAUACAAAGAAAUUGCUGGAGCAAGCAGAAGUAAAACCCUCUGAAGAAAGUUACAAUGUGCUGAUAAAAAACAAAGCAAAGGGGUUGUACAACUCCACUCUCUUCCCAAGGUAUUCUUGACCACGAAGGACUACAAGGAAAGAAUAAAAAUUGGAGAAGAAUGAAGAUGCAUAUUUCCUUCAGUGUUGUGGACUGCAUUUUAAAAAUCCUCCUGAUGCUGCUCUCCAUUUUAAACACAGCUUCUGCACCUCCACCGCCAACGUUCAGGCUCCCAGAAGAUGUAGCAGGCAGAGACCUCAUUCCAUCACCCAUAAUUAAGUUUCCAGGUGAUAUUUCCCCCAAAACGGACAAAGAACUGGCAUUCCAAUACCUCAACAAGUAUUAUGGAUGUCCCAAGGAUAACUGCAACCUACUCGUCCUGAAAGAUACUUUGAAGAAAAUGCAGAAGUUCUUUGGGCUUCUUGAAACUGGAGAACUGGACCAAAACACUAUAGAAACAAUGAAAAAGCCCAGGUGUGGUAACCCGGAUGUGGCCAAUUAUAAUUUCUUCCCCAGGAAACCAAAAUGGGAGAAAAACCUUGUCACAUACAGGAUUUUAGGCUAUACCCCAGAUCUGGAUUCUGAAACGGUUGACGAUGCAUUUGCCCGAGCCUUCAAAGUUUGGAGUGAUGUCACACCACUGAAAUUCUCCCGAAUUCAUGAUGGAGAAGCAGAUAUCAUGAUCAAUUUUGGACGAUGGGAGCAUGGUGAUGGGUAUCCUUUUGAUGGGAAGGAUGGCCUUCUGGCUCAUGCCUUUGCUCCUGGACCAGGGGUUGGAGGUGAUUCCCAUUUUGAUGAUGAUGAACUUUGGACUUUGGGUGAAGGCCAAGUGGUCAGGGUGAAAUAUGGCAAUGCAGAUGGAGAAUUCUGCAAAUUCCCCUUCCUGUUCAAUGAGAAAGAGUACAACAGCUGCACUGAUGCAGGACGCAACGAUGGAUUUCUGUGGUGUGCGACCAGCUACAACUUUGAUGCAGAUGGCAAAUAUGGAUUCUGCCCCCAUGAAUCUCUUUUCACCAUGGGUGGAAACUCUGAUGGACAGCCCUGCAAAUUCCCCUUCAGGUUUCAGGGGAAAUCCUUUGACAGCUGCACAACAGAGGGAAGACAAGAUGGGUAUAGAUGGUGUGGCACUACUGAAGAUUAUGACCGGGAUAAGAAAUUUGGGUUUUGUCCAGAAACAGCAAUGUCUACAGUUGGUGGAAACUCUGAAGGAGAACCGUGUGUUUUUCCUUUUACAUUCCUCGGGAAUAAAUAUGAUGCCUGUACUACUUCUGGACGUCAAGAUGGGAAGAUGUGGUGCUCUACCACUAGCAACUAUGAUGAAGACCGCAAAUGGGGAUUUUGUCCAGAUCAAGGCUACAGUCUUUUCUUGGUUGCUGCUCAUGAAUUUGGCCAUGCAAUGGGACUAGAACAUUCUGAAGAUCCUGGCGCACUCAUGGCCCCCAUCUACACCUAUACCAAGCACUUUCGUCUUUCUCAUGAUGACAUUCAAGGAAUCCAGGAACUUUAUGGUGGUUCUACUGAAGUUGGACCAGGACCAAGUCCAACACUUGGACCAGUCACUCCAGAGCUUUGUGGCCAAGACAUUGUCUUUGAUGCAGUUGCUCAAGUCAGAGGGGAGAUCUUUUUCUUCAAAGACCGAUUCAUCUGGAGAACAGCAAACCAACAGAGCCGUCCGAUGGGACCUCUUCUUGUUGCUACUUUCUGGUCUGAUGUUCCAGAAAAAAUAGAUGCUGUCUACGAGGCCCCUCAGGAAGAGAAGGCAGUAUUUUUUUCAGGAAAUGAAUACUGGGUUUAUUCAGCCAGCACCUUGGAAAGAGGUUAUCCAAAGAGACUUACCAGUCUUGGUCUGCCUCCUGAUGUGCAACGUGUCAAUGCUGCAUUUAACUGGAGCAAAAACAAGAAGACUUAUAUUUUUGCAGGGGACAAAUUUUGGAGAUACAACGAAGUAAAGAAGAAAAUGGACCCUGGUUUCCCUAAAUUAAUUGCAGAUGCUUGGAAUGGUGUCCCAGACAAUUUAGACGCUGUGCUGGAUGUGAGCGGAAGUGGCCACAGCUACUUUUUCAAGGACUGGUACUAUCUGAAACUGGAAGAUCAAAGCUUAAAGAUUGUGAAAGUUGGCAAUGUGAAAUCAGACUGGCUGGGUUGCUGAGCAAAGAGACCUCUUCCUAACCAACCAUUUAUAUAUGUCUUGAUGUGUAAAAGUCCUAUGUCUUACCCACCAUUAGAAAUAGAGCUAUAUGCUAAUUCAGGGGCUUGUCUGGUACUAGCCCAACUCAUUAAAUAACACUACUUGAUAGAACUGUUUCAUCUGAUAAAGCACAUUGCCUUGGAAGCAAGCUCCAUCAAAUCAGAGGAUUUCCUUCUGAGUUGAUGCUUUUAGAACUCAGAGUUCCAAGAACACUAGAUCUUAAGUUUCUUCUCCUUUCAUUUCAUAAUUUAAGCUAUUUGGACCUGGUAUUAUUGUUCAGUUUUCCAGGUUUGCAGGCUACUGCUAAGACACAGUAGCAAUCUUGUUGUUCCCAUUUUUGAAACUAGUCUUUACUAAGAAGAAGGCAGAUAUCAAAAUACAUACAAAAUCUCACUCAACAUAGAAAGCUAGCAUGACAGAAAGUUGGUGGCUUCAAAAUUGAUUCCCAACAUGCUACUCUUUUAAAUUUAGAUAGUAGAAAAGUGGAGGGUUUAGAUUCCUACAGCCUGAAGGAAUACAGUCUGGCAGCACACAAAAAAUCUGUUCUUCAGGGGAACUCAGAUUAGACAUGAAAUGAAAUUAUACCCGCAACCCCAAUCUUAAAAUGUUCCAAAUACCGUAUCAAAAACUCCAAACAGAGUGUUCCGAAAACACUUCACUCCUUGCAACCUGAAACUCAACUUUCAGCAUCAGAACCUUAUUUUGACUUUGGCCUCUGAACUUUCCACAUUUCGUUGGGGGGUCUGAUCAGUUUCAGUUCAGAUUCGCCCAAAAGGGGCCUGCUUUUUCCAGGAAUAGCUUUAAGUUCUGCCAUUCCCAUUUCUUUGACAGAAAGGCUGACACAGAGGCACAGGCUGCCUGGGGAUAUUGUGUUAAGCACUGAAACAUGGUGGAGUCGUGGGAAGAAACUUGUAUAAGUAUUGUUUUAAAGUACUCUUUUUUAAAUAAAUAAAUAAAUAAAAUAAAAGGAAUACCUUUACUUAAAACUAGCCAUUUGCUUCAUGCACUUUAAGAUCUACCAGAUCUUAAAAGAAACACAGAUGGAAUGACCCCGACGUUCGAAGUGAACAUGCUAUAAGAAAUGCCAAGUUUGAAUGUUUCACAUGUUUUAUUAUUCUCCUCUUUAAUGUAUCGAGAUGGCUUCCUCUUCCUUCCUCUUUCACCCCCUGUUGUCCACCCCCUUUUUCACUGUUAGAUUUAAAGCAUCAGGCAAUGCAAACCUUCCACUGUAUGACCUGAUGGAAGGAUUAUGUUCAUACAAAGGAUUUUUAAGAGAAAAAUGAAAAGUGUACAUAUCAAAAGUCAGUGUUACCAAUAAAGAAGGAAAACC